GUCUGGACCCGACCCAUCAACAACCCAUCGAAAGCGGAUCUCUAUAAAACUGAAAAUUAGGUUUUCUCUUUACUGCCGCUUCUUCCAUUCCAUCGCUGUUCUUCUACACUUUUGCUUACAGCGCCUCCUCCUCCGAUCUCUAUCUCGCUAAAAAUGACUAAGAGAACCAAGAAGGCUGGCAUUGUUGGCAAAUAUGGUACCCGUUAUGGUGCUAGUUUGCGUAAGCAGAUUAAGAAGAUGGAAGUUAGUCAGCACAGCAAAUUUUUCUGUGAAUUUUGUGGAAAGUAUGCCGUGAAGAGAAAAGCUGUAGGAAUAUGGGGAUGCAAGGAUUGCGGUAAAGUGAAAGCAGGAGGAGCUUACACUUUGAACACUGCAAGUGCCGUGACUGUUCGUAGCACCAUCAGGAGGUUGAGGGAACAGACUGAAAGUUAAGCUUUUAGCUUUUGCUCGAGUCUAGUUGAAUUUCUGAGAUCUACAUUUAUUGUACUCCAAUUAAACUUCUGUUUCGAGUUCUUAUCCGAGAAAACUUAAAUUUUGUUUGCAACUAUCUGUUAGAGCAAAUACAUAUGUUGUUUCCUUUCAUUA